AUGAAGAACUUGAAUCCUAUAUACGAUGCUCUCAAUUUACAAAAAUGGCCAAGAUCUCAUUCAAAUGAAACCUCAAAUACUGUUCUCAAUCAAAAUGUUCGUCGUCAAUUGCAUACAGAAGCUUUAACGGAAGAGAAUUUUCAUCAAGUUCAUCUAUCUCAUCGAAGAAUAGAAGACUUUCCAACAAUUAGUCAUAAGUCGUUAAUGCGAUCAAGCAUCUAUCCUAUCUCUGAUAGUAUCAUCGCCUAUACUGAUAAGAAUGCAGAUUAUCUGAUUUUGGCUUUGUUUUUUUUUGUGUUAGAUCUCACUAUUCACGAUAUCGAUCGAUUAAAAUCGAUGAAUGUGCAUACAAUUCAAGAUCUACUCGGCCGUUGUCUUAUACAUGAUACAUUAGAUGAAUUUCACAUGUUUCUUCUGAAUGGUUUUCGUUUGAGCGAAAAGACUGCGUCUGGUAUAACUAAUUUAUUCAGCCAAUGGAUAGACUAUAAUUUAAAUGGUAUUCAAUCAAAUCAUUGA